AUGAUUCAAAAUCAGGUGAUCGACAAUCCGCAACUUAUCAAACUUCCAUUCCCACCAGAAAUUAAUCCACAUGAUUUAGUUAUUUUCCACCCCAAUGGUCGUGUUCCUAAAACUCCUAACGCCUUUAUUAUUUAUCGAAAAUUAUUUGUUGAAACAGCUCGUACAAGUGGUUAUAACUUUCCAAUGAAUAUUAUCUCUCUAAUGGUAUCUCGAUCAUGGGAACAAGAACCUGAAGAAGUAAAAAAUGAAUAUAAAAGAAUCGCAAAAGAAGCCUUCGAUUAUCGUAAUGAAUUAUUUCCUAAAAUAAAAGCCCAAAAAGAAAAGAGACCAAUGGAAAACU